AUGACAAAUCCUUACCAAAAAAAUCACAAUCAAAUCAAGCAAAAAAUGAAAUCGGAAGGAAAAAUCGUUUGCCAUCGGCUUUUUGGACUACAUUCGAGAGCUUUUUAUUCAUCUCGACCUUUUUAUGAUGUUAUCGUGGUUGGUGGUGGACAUGCAGGAGCAGAAGCAGCUUGGGCUGCUUCAAAUAUGUCCGCUAACACGUUACUUUUGACGCAAAAACUGUCCACCAUUGGAGAGAUGUCCUGUAACCCCGCGUUCGGUGGGAUAGGUAAAGGUCAUCUUCUUCGUGAGAUUGACGCUCUUGACGGUAUCUGUCCAAGAAUCUGUGACAUCUCUGGGAUGCACUAUAAGUUACUUAAUCGACGUAAAGGUCCAGCAGUUUGGGGUCCAAGAGCUCAAAUAGAUAGAGAGCUUUACAAGAAGAAUCUUCAACGUGCCAUCUUUAAUAAACCUCAUCUAUCGGUGAAAGCGGCUUCAAUUGAAGAUUUAAUUGUUGAACCUCAAGGCGAUGGUUACACUUGUAAAGGAGUUAUAACAUCUACUGGAGAGCGAAUUGAAAGCUCAUCGGUUAUCAUUACAACGGGUACUUUUCUUCGAGGAAUGAUCUUGUUGGGCUUGGAACGAUUUCCUGCUGGACGAAUGGGCGACAAGCCAUCAAUUGGUUUAUCUAAAACAUUAGAACGAAUGAAUAUCAAAUUGGGUCGAUUGAAAACUGGAACUCCACCAAGAAUAGAUGGUCGAACAAUUGAUUAUUCUUCUUUAGAAUGUUCUAAAGGUGACGAUCCUCCGAAUCCAUUUUCUUUCCUCAACAAGAGCGUUUGGUUACCAGCCGCUGAUCAGAAACCGACCUUUUUAACUUAUACCAGUCCGGAAACAGCGAAAAUAGUUCAAGAUAAUAUUCACCUUUCAAGGCAUAUCCAUGAAGAAAUUGUCGGUGUCCGUUAUUGUGCAUCGAUCGAGGCCAAAGUUUUAAAAUAUCCGAAAAACAAUCAUCAAGUUUGGUUGGAACCAGAAGGUUUUAACUGUGAUACCGUCUAUCCAAAUGGCCUGGCCAAUGGAUUACCAUUCGAAGUUCAAGUUAAAGUGAUCAACUCAAUUCCCGGUCUAGAAAAAGCUAAAGUUACCCGACCUGGUUAUUCAAUACAAUACGAUCACAUUGAUCCACGACAAUUAAAACCUUCCCUUGAAUUGAAAAAAGUCUCCGGUCUUUUCCUUGCUGGACAAAUUAACGGUACAACGGGCUACGAAGAAGCGGCCUCACAAGGAAUCAUCGCCGGUAUCAAUGCAGCUUCAAAAUCUCAAUCAAAAGAGGCAUUAAUUGUUCCCCGUUCAAUUAGUUAUAUCGGCGUUUUGAUCGAUGACCUGACAACCGUCGGAGUAAUUGAACCUUACCGUAUGUUCACAGCUCGGGCACAAUUUAGACUCUACAUGAGACCAGAUAAUGCUGAUUUACGUUUAACUCAAUUAGGUUAUCAACAAGGUUGCGUUUCCCAAAAACGUUACGAUGUUUAUUGUCAAACUAAAUCAGAUCUCGAUUAUUAUAAAGGAGAAUUAGCUAAUUAUAAAAAAGAUACAAGUGAAUGGACUGAAUUGUUAAAAGACAAUUUAACUACAGCAAUAAGAGGGAACAAGAGAAGUGCUCGUGAUUUAAUGAGAAUCGCUGAAAUUCAAGAUAAUCUUAUUGGUCUAUUGAGGAAAGAACAAGUUAAUCUACCAGAUGAUAGAAUAUUAUUGGAACGAAUCAGAAUCGAAGCUCAAUAUGAGAAAUUGGUUGAGAGGGAGAAAAUACAAAUCUAUGAUUUACAGAAAGAAGAGCAAUUAAUUAUCCCAGAAGAUUUUAAUUACUUUGACAAUCGACUUCCAUUACCUAAUGAGUCUCGUGAAUUAUUAUCUAAACAAAGACCAACAUCGAUUUCAAGUGCCUCAAGGAUACCAGGAGUAAGAUUUUCAGCAAUCACAGCGUUAAUUUAUAUGAUUAAGAGACAAGAAUUGGAAAAUUUGACUCAAUCCCAACUCAACAAUCAAAUCAACAGCAAUCAACAACAACAACAACAUCAUCAUCAUCAUUUCAUAGUAAUUUGUGGUAAACGAAAUUCAAAUCAGAAAUCGAUAAUUAAUCACAUGUUAAAUCACAAUGGCCUUAAACGAUCCCGUAAAUAUCCCUCCCAAUGCUUGACCCGAUCUUCGUCCUCCUCAUCGAUAUCAUCGUCCUCGAAUAUAACCCGAAAGGACCGAAGGAAACAAAGUAAACCCAAACGGGCUUCAAUUGACCCCAACGAAGUUGAACUUUGUGUUUCCUAAACAAUUAAAUUUGAAAGAGAAACAAAUUCUAAAUUAACUCACUCAUCAUGAUCAUCAUAAUUAAUUAACUAAUAUCCUUAAUUGCCAAAUUGUUUCUAAUCUAUUAGCUCUAAUCAACACUCAUAUUUAUAUGUAAUAAUUAAAACCAAGUGUAAUUAAGUGUGGGUGUUAAUGUUAAAUAUUAUAUUAUAUUGAUUAAAUAAAAUAGUACCGUUGGAAAAUCAA